GCGCAAUUCAUUGUUUUGACUGAAAAUGCCGUCGGUUUCGAAAACGGCGGCCAAUGCGUCUCCUCAAACCGAGAAACCUACCCACUAUACAUACUUGAAGGAGUUCAGGACAGAGCAGUGCCCGUUGUUCCUCCAGCACAAGUGUACGCAGCACAGACCCUUUACGUGCUUUCACUGGCAUUUUCUCAACCAGCGACGAAGGCGACCCAUACGAAGAAGGGACGGGACUUUCAACUACAGCCCCGACGUUUACUGCACCAAGUACGACGAGACCACAGGCAUCUGCCCAGAUGGCGAUGACUGUCCUUAUUUACACCGGACCACUGGUGACACAGAGCGCAAGUACCAUCUACGAUAUUACAAGACUGGCACUUGUAUCCAUGAGACAGAUGCUCGAGGGCAUUGUGUGAAGAAUGGCCUCCACUGUGCUUUUGCUCAUGGGCCACAUGAUCUCCGACCUCCAGUCUAUGAUAUCAGAGAAAUCCAAGCACAAGAGGCCCUCCAAAAUGGACAGUUGGGAUCUGGGGAAGGGAUUCCUGAUUUGCAGCCUGGUGUGCUAGCCAGCCAAGCUAUGAUUGAAAAAACUCUGACGGAAGAUCCCCGGUGGCAAGAUACCACUUUUGUUUUAGCCAAUUAUAAAACAGAUCAGUGUACUAAGCCACCCAGACUAUGCAGACAGGGCUAUGCUUGCCCCCACUACCACAACAGUAGAGAUCGGAGGAGAAAUCCUCGAAAGUUCAAGUACAGGUCAACUCCUUGCCCUAAUGUGAAGCACGGUGAUGAAUGGGGCGAGCCCUCAAAGUGUGAAAGUGGAGACAGUUGCCAGUAUUGCCAUUCUCGUACCGAACAGCAGUUUCAUCCAGAGAUCUACAGAUCCACCAAAUGCAAUGACAUGCGCCAGACUGGAUACUGUCCCAGAGGACCGUUUUGUGCAUUUGCACAUGUAGAAAGAAUUCCUUCUACAGAAGAGACCAUGAGCUCAUUGCUAACAGCGAUACAGUCGAGUUCUCAGUCCCAGCUGAGCUCUCAGCAGUAUUCAGAGUGUCCAGUCAGUGAGUGGAACAGUGGAGGAAACUCCACCAACAGCACAGCCAGUAGCAAUGGACAAAUAGGAAGUGUUUCAUGUUCUAAUAGCUCAACUGUAACGUCAAGCUCAGGAAGCGACACUUUGUUAUCCCCAAUGGGAUCCAUCAGCAGCAGGCUCAAAUCCUUAAAUAAUAGUAAUUCAUGUUCAGAGUCCACCACAUCCAGUGUCUCAUCUCUGACGUCUAACUAUCCCAAAGCUCCGGGCUUUGAACGUGAAGAUCAGAUUAAGAACAAAGGACAGUUGGAUCAAAAAAUGAUGGACCAAGAAAAACAGACACAAAAUACUGUAUUCUCUGUGGUGAACCCUUUGGCAUCAAGCUUUACCUCCAGUAUAACAUCAAGCUUGGCCUCUAGUAUUGGUUCAGACAGUUCCUCACCCACCACCUUAUCAACGAUGAAUGCAAAAGCCACUCCUUUCUAUCCAGGGAGCAACACAGUGGAGUCUGUCAUUGAUUUGUUUUGUUUCCCGUCAGGAUCCGCACUGGACCUCAACUUUAGUGACAUUAAUGUUGCAUCGCUUGAUAAGGAGUUAGAGGAUCAAGAUAACAGUGUGGGAAUGGCAGGUCAAAGGGUGCUAAGUGGAUCUGCUCCUGUCAACAUUCCUGGCUCAUUGGCACGAUCAUCUUCUUUUAAUUCUUCAUCAUCGCUCUCCACCUCCCCUCUAAGUUCUCUCUCCCAGUCGCUGUCACAGUCCCUGCUGUCUGGGACAGUAUCUCAGCAAAAUCAACCUUCAAACAUGCUAGCCAAGCAAGAGCACGGCCUUCUGGGAACACCCACCUCCUCUUCCCAGAACUCUCUGGGCUUGAACGGAGGAGCUAGCAGCAUUUGGGACUUUGUAAGUGGCAGCUUUUCACCCAGUCCAUCUCCAGUUUUCAGCAGCCUAACCUCCACAACCACCAGUGCUGAUGUGGCCCGCCUUUUCAGAGAGCUGGAUGAGGCCAAGAGGAAGAUCAAACAAUUUGAGGAGGCCUGGCAUCAGGUGAAGCAAGCCUGUGAAGCUUGCCAGAAAGACGCUCACGAAGCAAAGGAGCAAGCAAAGACAGCAGAGGCAGAGCGGCAGCUGGCAGAACAGAAAUGGGAAGAAACAGAGCGCAAGCUGAAAGAGCUCCAGGGGGACUUUGAUGCGCUUUGUCGCACCCCUGGAACACCUCUUCUACGUAGCUAUGGAGAGCUGGACCAGCUCCCCUUGUCUAAGCUUCACUCCAUCCAGAGUCAGCUGCGUAAUGACCUAGACCUUAUAGAUGGGGUAAUAUAUCAGCUUCAGUCAAAGAAAUGUAUAGUUUGCCAAAAGCAUGAUCGUUGCAUUGUUCUGCAGCCUUGCCAACAUUAUGUACUCUGUGAGAACUGUGCACCUAGUAAAACAGAAUGUCCCUACUGUAGAACAAAAAUAUUGAAGUGGUGAUGUACAGUUACUUAAGGUACUAUUUAAUCAAUUAGCCCUUUGAAAAACUACUAAUAGAUAUUACAAUUUUCUACACAGCAGUGUCUGUUAGGAUGAAAUGGUGUUUGACUGACCAAACAAAUAGUAUUAUCAAUCAGAUUGCAUAUGGGGAUUCAAUUGUUCAAUUGUUUUUGCUCAUUUUAUGUUCACUUGACAUCAAAUAGCCAAGCACUUUCUAUAUGAAAACCAGGCACUUAGUUAAUGAAUAAUAUGGAAUCAUGAUUAAAACAUUGUACAGGAUAUAAAAUCAGGUCCUCCUAGCACACAGCCACCUGUCUACUAUCCCACCUAGGCAAGAGUACAUACAAAAUUAUACAUUAGAAGUCUGCUACUAAGCUUACUUAGGACUUAGGACUGAGUUUGUAUCUAAAUGCAAUGUUUAUAACUUACAAUUAUGAACUGCUUUAAUGUGAAUAAACAUUAAAGCAUUGAACCAUAAGGAUGUUAGGGUGACAUCUCAAAAAUUGGCAAAUGUUGGGAACAUGGUGGCCAUCCAAAGCUGAGGUUAUUCUGCUGAUGGUAAACCUAAAGUGAGCAAAACUCAAAGCAGAUAUGUCUUUAAUUACAGAGGACCUCAUCCGGAUCAAAAAAUAACAAUUUGGAAACCAUUCAAGAAAGCAGACAUCCUAGCACCAAGUGACUGAUGUCUAAUCCAGGAAUCACAUAUUUGUUUUAAGCUCAAUUAGUCUGAACAGGAAAACAAUAUGUGCACUGGUGGUGUAUGUGAUGGAGAACCAUAAAGCAGGUCUGUGUCAAGCUGAAUUAGUAUACAUUUCAUUAUUAAACACAGCGCUACGAGAACUGUUUAUGUGAUGAAAACCUCUAAUUCUUUGCCACAUUUUCAUUGUAGUAAAAACAGAUUCAUAAAAUACUACAGAUCCAGUAAGGUUUGUCAUCUUUAAAUCAAGAGAAAAUCUCAAAACACCAUUUAAAGCAGUCCUCUUUAAUUAAAGUCAUAUUUUCUUUAAACCCUCCCAAAUAAAAGUUCACCAACUUUCUUUUUUAAAUGCAAACAGUCAAGCAUCAUUAUUUUGACCAACUUUCUGAAGAAGUUUUUCUUAUUAAAAGCACUUUGUUGACCUGGGACUUUAUUCAAGGGUAUAUAUAAAUAUAUAUAAAUAUAGAAAUUUGCUUUAAGCUGCUUUGUAGGUAUUCUUUUGUGUCUUUAUUUUUUAGAUUUAUACAUUUGUUUUCUACAUAAUAAGCUACACAAUGUCUGAAGCUUUUGUGUGUACUGUGAAACAUAAUUGAAUAUUUCAUGUUUCCUAUUGUUAGAUCAUAGCAUGGUUCUACAUAUUAAUAUUUCAUUUUAAAAAAAAGUACUUAAUAGUUUCUACUUUCAUAGCUAGAUUUAUAAAAAUUUCAAUCAAAUAAGUGCAAAUUUAAACUGCAUUUUAGGCAUAACCAGCAGCUGUAAUAUCAGUAAGGCACAUGCUACAUGUUAAGGCUGUUUUUCAAUCAGUUUUGUUUUGUAGAAAUUUAUAUAGCCUAUCCAUUAGAGAAGCAUGUAUUGUAUUUGCUAUAAGCCUGAAACUGGGAUGUUUUUUUUUUCCUUUUUUCCCACUUUUUUUUUUCCUCUUAUUUUUUGUAGGAAUCUAGCCUCUUGACCUUGUCUAGAACAUAUCGGCCUCUAACUCUAAAGUGCCUUGCCUUAGUUCAAAAGGUUAUGUGUAGAAUUGUCGACGCAAACACAAGUAGUCAAAGCUUGUGCACGCGUUUUCUGCAAAAUGUGUAUUUUAAUUCUGCAGAGGCAUUGACAUGUUUAUGACUAUAUGUGUGUAAAUAUAAAUAUAUGCCAGUGUAUUUGGCCAAAUUCCAUUAAGUAUUUCUGCAGAAGAUGAUUGAAUAUGAAAAUUGUCAGUGCCUGUGUCCUGACUUUGCCCUUAGAAAUGAACCUUCCCCUCCACCUACCCACUCACCCACUCAUUCCUUGGUUGUGGUGCUCUUUUGGUGCAGCUUCAGUCUUUGAAUAUAGAUUUCUGGUUUAAGAUUUGGGAGUAUGCAAAGUUAGGCCACAUGAAUUUAUACAGCAACAUACAAAAUGUUUUUUUUUUAAACAGUUCAGUAGGGUUUGUUGUAAUGAUUCUGCAGUGAAUGAAGAUUUCCAUAGUAAUUUUCUGCGUUGGGUUUGUGCUUAGAUUCCCGUAAUUCAGAUGACCUUCUACUGUGUUUAAAAAAACAAACAAAAAAAACCCUUUUUAUUCUUGCUUUAAAACCAGUAGAAAGUCAUGUAUCUCCAGGUACACUUUUUGCUACUUAUAAAUGGGAAAAUGCAUUGUUUACAUUUACACAGAUGACAAUUAAGAAACUCAGAGGAAAAAUAUCAAGAAAGGUUAAUGGUAUUUUAGGAUUUUCAUGAUUAUAUUAAAGCAUAAAAGGCAGGCUAAACAUUUCAUGUAUUGCAUGUUAUGCGAUAUAUUAACCAGCUACACAAAAGGAGAAAAAAGAAAAAAAAAAUGUUCGCACUGUGUCACACUGCCAGAAUAUUUGUACUUAUUUUAGUGUAGUUAAGGCUUAAUAACUUCUGCAAGCUUCGCUGCUACUGGAAAAGGUAUUAAUGUAGUUUCUUGUAAACAUUUAGAUGUUUGAAUGUUGUUGUGCAUCCACAGCUCAGAUUUCAGAUCCUGGAAUAAUGUCUUCUGCAUCUAACUUGACUUAAUCUUUUUUUCUUGUUUCAAAUUGAAUUCUUCAUUUGUAAAUUCAUUUCAGUCUAAGUUUCAGUACUUUUGUAAAUCCUUAAAAUGAUGUCAAGGACCUGCACUACAGUAGAUGGUCCCUUUUUUGUUUAUUUUUAUUUGAAUUGAUUGAAGGUUGGUUUUGUUUCCCCACCCCCCUAUACACUGGAUAGCAGUGUACAGUGCAGCUAAUUCACAGUAUCCUUUUGGUCUGUUUUGUUUUGCCUGUGAAGCCAACAAAAUUAAUGAUGUCUAGUGGGGAAAAAUCUAAAAAUGAACCAAAGCGGUGGUCUAGUAGCUGUCCAAUUAUGUAUUGUGAGGGGAAAAUUUACCCUUGAACAGAAUUCAGACAAGUACUCGAGUAUUGGGCAGAUCACCCUGUAGCUGUCAGCAUAGCUCGGUCUUUCCCGAAUCUCUAUGUGAGACAGCGUUGUGAGUGGCAGGAAUUCUAUUUUUAGAUGGAUUUAUUGUAAUUUGUUUUGCGUUAAUAUUUCAUUCAGUAUAUCCUGAGUCAAUAACAGGACUUUGCCAGUGGCUUUCGCUUACAACAGUAACAGACUUGAGCCCAUGUUUUGUAGUUUUACCAAAGACCUGUAUUGUUAUUUCUUUUCUACUACAUUUCAUCAUUUGUCUUCAUUAAUGAAAAGUGAAAUUGAUUUUAAAAAGUAAAUCACCUAGUACCUUAAAUAGUUAAUGUUCAUUAACAGUAAUUUUUUUUUUCUAUCUAAAGCUUGUCAUAGUGAGUGGCAGAUGAUUAUAAAUGCAUGGGUCAGAUCCUUACAAAAUGUGUAUUCGUACAUUUGAUUUUUGUGUUAAGUAUACAUUGACGUUUAUGGCACAUUGUGCAGUACUGGCAAGCACAUGCUGACCUUAAGCGUGGAUUCAGUGUAAGUUUAAUUGUUGUCUACAGUGAAGGAAUGUCAAAGGUGAAUGACAUUUGUGCUUCUGAAGUGGCCAUAUAAACUUCACUACUGUUGUGAAGUCAAUUUUGUUUGUUGAUUUUUGUUUAUCUACAUAAAAAUCGGUUUGGAAAUGAAUAGCAUUGUGUACUGUUAUGCUAGGCCUGUAAGGUGCUUUCUUUUUAUCCGACUUUGUUUUCUGUUUCUUAAAGCCGUGGUCCAAAUUAGUUUUUGUUUUCCCGGGGACAGAUGACAAUUGUGACGCAUCAAUGGCAGAUACAGACAUAAUUCCAAUUAAUUUGUUGUUGACCCUCAGUCUCUCUAGAGACUAGUCUACCUGCCAAAAAUUUCUAGAAGAAAUCAAACGUUCUCUUUGGAAGCACAGCUUGGUUUUGCUUUACAUUUCUUCAGAUUUCUUUAAUUUUUUCUCUCGGACCAAUUACGCUUUCAAAUGUGUCUGUGCCUUUUAAUAAUUCUGUAAUGUGGAUUAAUUGAAGAGACAAAAUAUAACUUGCUCAAUUGGAAUCAAAAGUUCAGUGCCUUACAGUAUUUUGUGGACCAUAAUGUGAUCGCUAAAUGUCUCAUACAUUCAGCCUACUUCAGCUGAAAGGAAAAAGGCUAAUCUAAUGAGGUUUGCUUCACCAGUUUAAGAGGAUGAAGCAGGUUUUUUUUUUUUUUUUUUUUAACUGACUGAUAAUCGUCUGUAUUUGCCAUGCACUUCAAGAAAACACAGCAACGCCCGACCACUGAACACACAGAUCUGAUGUGGAUUUGUCAUUUGAUAUCAGAAACCCAACAGUUUGCAAAGAAAAGCACCAAACAGGGAGAAUCUUGUAUAUGAACUGUAAUAGAUGUAUCAUUAUGCUCUGCAUUGGAAUAGUUUAAUCUAUUUUGCAUUAUUGUUAGUUGUUGUGUCUUCUUUGUUGUUGUUUUUUUUUUGUUUGUUUGUUUUUAACAUUAUAAAAAUGGAGCCAGAAGAUUUAUGCAAUCUUGUACAUGUAUGGAGCUGUUCAAAUUAAGUAAAAAAGAAAUAUUAGUGUAAAGUCAAAAGUAAAUGAUCUUAAUGUGGAGCCGGUUGUUCCAUGUACUUUAGAAAAUUUCAGUAAAAAUGUUAUUUUAACAUUGAAACCCUGAAAUAUUGAAUGUAUUGCUCUAAAUUAGAAUUUCAAUGAAUAGGUCACUGGAUAUUAUGGAGCGCAGUUAAUUGAUUAUGAUGUAGCAUCUAGUUGUGAACUUCUAUUCAAUAAAAUUUAUUAGAACUUAAACAAAUGCAAGUUUUCAAGUUUCUAUUUGUUAGCAUAAUCAUAAAAUAACUAUAAAGAAAGAAAUGUAUUUUUCUCAGGGUAAAACAGUGAUUUGUUAGAGAAUGUUAAAUCUGAGGAAACUGCAUUUCAUGGAUCUAUUUACUUAAUGUAAGUGGGUUUAGACAUUAUAGAUUAAAACAUAUGUCCCUUAUUUUGUGAUGAGCUGUAUGGAUAUGUAGGAAAUUCUAUACUGAUAAUUGUAGAAAUUAUUCUGUUGGUAUAUAUUGAUAUUUUUGUGUUGUGAACACAAAAACAGGUGCAAGUCUUAGAAUACUAGAUGUUCCUUUUCUACAUUGAGGAUUGUGUACCGCAUAUUUACUGUAGUGUAUUACUAGUUUGUUAACACUUGUUAAAUUGUUACACUACAGUUAUGCAAUGGUUUACAGAGUUCACAAAAUUAUUUUUAUCAUCUUGAGAAUUAAAAUAAUUUUUCAUCUGAAAA